AUGAAUAAAAAAAGUGGUAGCCUUUCUGGAUUGUAUGUUCUUGAUAAGAACGAAAAAGGAAUAUUACGUUAUAUCUCUUUUAAAUUUCUUUGUUUAAGUUUAUAUAUAAUUGGGUUUUACUAUGUUUUUCUAAAUACAUCCUUAGAAAACAAGGGCUUACAUAUUGUUAAUAUUAGCAAUAUGUAUGAACGAAAUUUAGGUGAGGCACAAAAAAAUAGAAACGGUUCACAAAGGAAAAGAAAUUUAAAACUUAAAAAUGAAGAUGUAAGCAAAACAAAAUACAAUACAAAUAAUAUUAAAAGUAAUGAACAAAGUGUAGAGGAAAAUAAAAAUUGUAAUAACAAUGAUAUGAAGAAUAAUAAUGUUCAAAAUAAAAGUAAUAGUUCUGUGAAUAAUAUAAAUUAUAAUGAUUUAUCAAAAAAUUUAACAGAAAAGGAAUUAUAUAAUGUAUUAAAUUCAUUAAAAGAAUGUCCUUCAAAAGAAGAUCUUAGAAAUAUAUGGACUCACACACUUGGAGUUGCAAAAGAAGGUUUGGAUGAUAUAUAUCAACAGUUAAAGGCAUCAAUACAAAAAUAUUUAGAUAAUGAAGUUUGUCUUGGUACUGAUGAAUUUAGUGAUAAAAUUUUUGUAUAUAAAGAUAUGUGGAAUGAACAAAUUUCUAGAUUUUGUCAAUCAGUAGGAAAUGAACAGGGAGAAUACACUAACAAGUUUUUUAGUUUAAUUAAUGACAAACAUACGCUUGAUGAUAUUUUAAAAUUUAUUUAUUCGUUCUUAGAAUAUUUUCAUACAAUAAAAAAUGAAUUACAUGAAAAACAUCAAAAGGAACUCUUAGAAAGUAUUGCAAAAACCUUGAAUAAGAAAAAAUGA